AUGAUGGAGGAUUCCAUAUCUCGACACUUGCGGUCUCUUCGCCACUUGAGCCGUUGUAGUACAAAUAGCAACCGUCAUCCUUGCCAUGCCAGAGCUUUGGAAGCCAUUGACAUUAUUCCCGGUGCCAAUAGCAACAGCAACCAAGACGAGGACGAACCUGCCGUGUCCACCUUCACGGUGAUCAUCAUUGCCAUUUGCGUGCUGUUUGUGUUGGGAGUCGUCCUGAUGGGAUAUUGUGCCUUUCAGAAAGGAUCGAAUUAUGAUCCCGAACAAGCGAGUCAAACCAGAAGACCAGGCGCCAGAAGAACAGCAGUGGUCCGGAAUACUACGACUGAUAAUACUACAAACAACAAUAAUAAUGUCCCUCAAUCGAAUGAUGAACGGCCUCCGGAUCCUCGCCGAAUGGAAAAGAUUACUGUAAGCCUCUAUUAUGGAACUAUUCAUUCAGGUGACGAUGACCAAAUGAAAAUGAGGAAAGCGUCUUCGGGACGAUUCACCAAGAAAAAAACAAAAUUCGAACCACGCCAACCCAACCCGGAAGACGAAUGUCCCAUUUGUUGUGAUGAUUUCUCCCCGGGGGAAGCAUAUGUCAUAUCCAAAGCAUGCAACCACAUGUAUCAUAAAAGAUGUAUUGAACAGUGGACUGUGGACGAACGAAAGGAUGAUUGUCCAGUGUGUCGGCAGUCCUUUCUGCCAUCAUCAGCCCUACCGCCUCCCAUGAUGCCACCCAAUAGCAGAAGAAGGUGA